UUAAAAUAGAUCUUCCGGUUUGCCGAGUUACUUAGCCUGUCGUUAUUAAAUUUGUUUAUCGAAAUCAGAGAUGUAUGCCUGCCCACCUAUGCCUCCUGUACCCUGCCCACCGGAAUGUCCACCCUCGAAACCGAAAUACGAUCCUUCUGCAAGAUAUUACCGAGAAAUCGGGACUGCGGUGAUUGGAAAUCAUUUGAUAAUUCGUAUGGAAAGAGAAAAGGGAAAAUCGAAGAAGUUGAAAGGUUGGGAUCCGCCGUGCGAUUGCGACGUGAUAGAAAUACAGAGGCCGACGAGCACCCAAGGGCCGAAAAUAUUGAAGGGGACUGACAACAAUCGGAUCCUGUUCCGUGUCGAGUCGAAUAACGCUGCUGCGAAAAUAGACGAGGAAGAUACCAAGCCUCAAGCCAUUUCUUACGAGGUUGGCCAAUGUAGGGGAGGUCCAAACACGAAUAAUCAGUGCAGGACGUUCACUAUUUACCCCGUUCUCGAUGGUUCCGAUGCCCAGGAAGUCCAUACGGAUCGCGUGACCGAAGGAAACGAGAACGUGUUCAUGUUAAAAGUGAAAAAGAAAGGUAUUUCCGUUGAUGAACCGAGAAGAAACGUAGAACUCGAGUUGAGAACGCCUAAACCACCGACACCACCGGCACCACCUCCGGAAGAACCGAUACUGAAAUAUCAACAACCGACCCGAAAUGUUGAUUUUACGCAAAACGAACAUGAUACAGCGAAGACGAUGUCAAAAACAAAAUUAAGAAAAAUUAAAAAACGGGGGAAGAUGGGAAAAAAAUAAUUUAGAAUCUGUAAGAAACGUUUCAUCGUUUGAAAAAAUUCAAAACACGUAGAGAAGUAAAUAAAGGCCACGCUGUUUCGCAUAGUAAAAUACAUUUAAGGAGAAAACAAUUUUAAAGAAUUAAAAAAGCUCGUCCUCUUCCUCGUAAAGAUCUAAGAGAAGUUUUCUCCAGAAUCGUAAAAAUCAUUGUUACAUCGCCAAAAUUUAAAAAGUGAGACAAUUUCUAAAAUAUCAUCGAACAUCUAGAAGCCACAGAAAGUCGCCUUGGAAUUAUUGAAAAUACUACUAACAAUUUUACUACCUAAAAAGCCUCGGUAUUAGCAUUGUCAACACUUACUGAGUCAUUGUUACAACGAACUCGCAGGUACAUCGUCAUUCUACGUAUUUACGCCGAGACUACCGAACGAUUUCUGAAUGAACUUGCAGACAGGGUUCCUCAAUGAAGUUCGCAAAAAUGUAGGAACAGGUCUGUGAUGCGUAAAAGUGUGCGAGUCAGCGUGCCUCCUUCCUCGUUCAUCUAUAGCAGAAGCAUCUGUAGAAAAUUGUUUCGUUACGGCCGAAUGAAUCGUCCUCGAUGCUCCGCUUUCCCGAAGAGGUCCUUGGAUCGUCAACGAGGAAUCGUCAAUGAGGACGAUCGAUGAUGCGACGCCUCUCCUGGGACCUUAUUGUGAACCAUUCGAAUUAACGUUGGGAUGAUCCUUGUAAUUGCCUCUAACGCCUUCCUUCCUUUUGUAAUUGUUACUUCACAACGAUCGUUGCGAAUGACAACGGGUAUUCUGCGUAGCGUAGCAUUGACAAGUUUCUCAGAGGAAUAUAGGAUGGUAUUUUUUAAUGAUUCUUCUGAUUGCACGCUGUGAUAACGGGAAAUUUCGGUGAAUCGGAUAGCUUGACAUUUUUAGAAUAUUAUUGUAAUUUGGAAUUUCUUGAUCAUUUUUACGGAGGUCUUUGGUUUCUUGGUAUCUGUGCCGAGCUAAUAACGAUGCAUGUGCGUUAAUUACAUAAGAGUAACAAUAGUAUCGAAUUUUUGAUAAUCUUCUCGACGAUCUGAUGUUUGUAACUUUUCUAUAUUUCCAACGGCAGAAAAAUUCUCAAUUUCUACGAAAUCUCAAAGAAAUAAUAAUUCUUUCGUUGAACAAGACUCGAUAACGCGGAGAAAAUUAAACGAAAAGGUAUGGAGGAAUAAGAAAGAAAAGCGUGGCGUGUUCAUAAUCGCGAUCGUCGUGGCAGUUUAUAAAACUGUCGUUCUAUCCGUGUGGUCGGCUAGUCUAACAAAAGUUCUGGUCAAUAAAUUAGACGAACAACGAGAAGGACGUGCUCCCGAUGUACGAAAAAUAGCGUGACACGUAUGAUCGCGUCGGUAGGUGGAAGAGCGAACGUCUGUUCCAGUGGCAGUCUGUCGUAAAGAAAAGUCUGCGGUCACCAAUGAAUGGAACGACAAGUGGCCAAGAUAUUAUACGUGGGACGAAUCUCUUCAACGAAUAGAAAGGAAUCUUCUCGAGGGAGGGAAUUUUAGGGUGAAAAAAUAAUUGGAAAGACUUCGGUAAUAGAAUGAAGAAUUUUCGCACGGUUCCACGUAAGUUUAAGAAUCUUUUGUAACAUGAACAAACAAAUCUUUAGACCUUCGAGAUACUACAUGGAAUAAUUUUUCUAACAUUAAGAAGAUAGUCUAAUUGCACGAAAAACGAUUGUUCUAAUAUUAGACAGUAUUAAGAAUUGUUCUAACAUCGAAAGAAGAUACUAAGUAGUUCUCGAAAAAACGUUAAGAAUUUUUAAGCUUGAGCAAGCUGUGAAUAGAGAUCAAUUAAAAGGCAAAUCUUUUUCUUUAUUUUAUCAAUUCGUCGCCCGAUGUUUUAAAUUAAAAUUCCUCUAUAUCGUAGCAGCUAUCUAUGCUCAAAGAAUCGACAGAAGAUCCUUCAGUUACGCCCAUAAUCGUUCUUUGGGAACAACGUGGAUCGUUUCAUUUUUCAUCGAAUGGAAUAUCCUUCCCAUGAUAUCCACGAUGUUACGCUGAAAUAUCGUCUUCAUUCGGUGUUCUUCAUUGUCUGCGGGUCCCCGUAUUUUUUUCUUAAUUCUCUGACACUAGAAACGGGGCUCUGGUGGGCGGGUGGCUAUUUCUGCUGCCUGGAAAAAGAGUGAAUGGCGUCCAAGUCGAGGUCCAUUCAGACGAGCACCUGACUCCCGACUUUUUCAAUCGUGAGAAUCGGUUCGAAGAUUUUUCGGGGUCGAUUCGACGUUAUGAUGAAAAAACGAGGGAAACCGAGAAGAAUCCGUGGCUCCUCUGAGUUUAGGUGGAAAAGUGGUUGUGCUAAACUUUUAAAGAGUAACUUAGUAGAAGAAGAUGUUCUUCAGGAUGGUCGAAGCUUUUGUGCAUUUCACGGCGAAACUUGUACGCAGUUUAUCAAUUUUCAAAUUUCAAAUUUAGACUCUGACAGAGAUUCUAUAAUUGUUAAAAAUAAUAUACGAAGGGAUUUUUUACAAUUGAAGGGAAAUGACAUCGCAAGGUGAUCGAAGCUCUUGCGAUUCUUAAAAGAAACUUUGUAAUGACUCUCACGAGGCUCUUCUAAAUUUUUAGCUUUACUAGAUGUUAUAUUUGAAGAUAUUAUAUUUACCGAAAGCAAACUUUACUAAAAAGCUAUUCUGCAAAAGUUUCCCAAGAUUUUCUUUAUUUUCUCAAUUUAUUCUUCUAUUACCAUAUCAUAUUUUGCACGAAUAUUAUUCGGUUCUACUGUAUUGCUAUUAGAAUAUUGUUCUUAAGAAUAUACUUCUUAACUGGUUACCUAAUAGUUACCCUAAUUACCUUAACUUCUUAGUAGAAGAACGACAAUUUAUUUUACGGUAACUGUCCUAACAGGAUACCAAAUUCGUUGUGGCUUGAUUUCAGAGGACGUAACUAAGGGUUGUUUUCUAGUCAACUUGUUAACAAUUAGAUGCUGUAGCUUUUGCGAUGUUGCAAGUUGAGACAGAAUAGGAUUGUACAACUAUAACUGACGUUUUACUGGUAAUUAUAUGUCAACCGAACAAAUAGCCGACGUCGACGAAUCAACUGUUAAGUGGUUUUCAGGGAGGAGCUACUCGCUGUGAAAAUAAAUCAGUAGUCAAGGAUUAAAACGGCUACGCUCAGAAAAAGCGUUCCGUCUGAAGGUAACGAAACUUCCAUGGAAUAUACCUGAUCUAGGACAGUGCGUUUGAAGGCUAUUUCAGGCCUCUGAAAAUUGUUUCAAUGUAUCUCCCAUAAAUUUCUUACGUCUUGAAAUACUCCCGAUGCGAUAAUUAACGAGUUUCCUAAUGACUGUGAAUAUCUUUGAUCGAAACAGCUUCCUACUGUCUAUUUUCGACCGUAUCAUGUUCCAUGAUCGUCAGAAAGUUGCUUAAAUUCGGCGAAAAUAUAAGAGAAAAUGGCAUUGUUCUUCUUAAAAUAUUAAAAGUCUUCCUAAUAGAGACAUAAAACG